AUGGUCGUCACAUCUUCUCACAGCAUUGUUCAGGAUGGGUUGAAUAAACCCGUGCAUGAUGAGACCUCCCCUCUGGUCUCUGUCGCAGAGACUACAGGAGCCGAAGACCACCGCGUCGACAACAGUGGAGAACGCGAGUUCGGAGGCGCAAUCGGAGUUUCUGGCAUGAUGAUUGGAUUUCCCCUUCUCAUGUACUAUAUGUGGAUUGGCGCAACCUUUUACUCUGGUCACAUACCCUCGCGCACACCUGGACAAUCUUGGGAUCAAUUCUUCAGUCAUUUAUUCGACCUCUGCUACGAGCAUGCAUUCCCUCAUACAAAAGCCUGGACAAUCUACUGGACUUUCUUGAUCUUCGAGGGGGCUUGUUAUCUCUACAUGCCUGGUGUCUAUGGCAAGGGAAAACGUCUACCGAGUCUAGGCGGCAAGCAGUUGGAAUAUUACUGCUCUGCUGUCUGGAGUUGGUACACCACCAUCAUCCUAGCUAUUGUUUUUCACUUCAGCGGUCUGUUUCCUCUGUACACGCUGAUUGACGAAUUCGGCUCCAUCAUGAGUGUAGCCAUCAUCUCCGGUUUCGUGGUCAGCAUAAUCGCAUACUUCUCUGCUCUUUCCCGCGGAGCUGAACAUCGCAUGACUGGUUCACCCAUCUAUGACUUCUUCAUGGGUGCAGAACUCAACCCGAGACUUUUCACCUGGUUGGACUUUAAGAUGUUCUUCGAGGUUAGAAUCCCUUGGUACAUUCUGUUCUUGACUACUCUGGGUGCUUGCGCGAGACAGUAUGAGACUUAUGGAUAUGUUUCUGGAGAAGCUUGGUUUUUGUUGAUGGCGCAUUUCUUGUAUGCGAAUGCUUGUUCGAAGGGUGAAGAGUUGAUCAUUACCAGUUGGGACAUGUACUUUGAGAAAUGGGGCUUCAUGCUCAUCUUCUGGAACUUGGCUGGUGUACCCCUCUCUUACUGCCACUGCACUCUCUACAUUGCAAACCACGACCCUUCGGAAUACGCAUGGCCAACCUGGGCACUGACUCUACUCUUCGUCGCUUAUCUCUUUGUCUACUGGAUCUGGGAUACCGCAAACUCUCAAAAGAACAUGUUCAGAGCCCAGGAAAGAGGUGUAGCUUUGAACAGAAAGACAUUCCCUCAGCUUCCCUACAAAGCAGUCAAGAAUCCCGUUUCCAUCAAGACAAAGACCGGAGAUAGCAUUCUGUGUGAUGGGUGGUAUGGCAAAGCACGCAAAAUCCACUAUACCUGCGAUCUCUUCUUCGCACUCUCCUGGGGCGCCAUCACGGGCUUUAAUUCACCCUUCCCAUGGUUCUACCCACUAUUCUUUUCUUGCAUGAUUGUGCAUAGAGCAAUUAGAGAUAUCCAAAAGUGUAGAGCCAAGUAUGGUGAUGCGUGGAUGGAGUAUGAGAAGAGGGUUCCUUGGCUGUUUAUCCCGGUGGGUCUUCGUCUUUGUUGUUGUCCAGGAGUGGAUGCUAACGUGCUGCUGCAGUAUGUCAUCUAG